CGUCGCUUUGGGUGAAUAUUCCGCCCUAAUCUUCACUCUCGUCCUCCUCCUCCAUGAAGAGCAGCGGCAGCGGCAGUGGGAGCGGCGGCAAUGCGCGGCGCGCAGCAGCUGCCGCGCCCCUCAGCAACUACGAGUUCGAUUUCGGGAAUCUAGGUCGCGGAUCUGGCAACACCACGCUCAGCGGCCUCAAGCAGCAGGCCCCAUCGCAGCCGCAACCACAGCAGCCACAGCAGCAGCAGGCCAAGAAAGCACAGCCACAGCCAUGGACUCACAAGCCGGUCUCCAGCUUAACAGGUACGAGCUCCAUGGUGGGAGACAUCACCGGCAGGAGCUGGGUGCCACUCGAGUCCAGUGCCACUGCGAAGAGCAGGCCGGCGAGCAGUGGAGUCGUGGGUGGAGUUGGCAACUCCAAAGCGGAUCUCUUCAGCGAUCUGCUCAAGACGCCCAUGACCGCGAUGAAAUCUGGAUCUGGAUCUACUGCGGCCCCCAUGGCUGCGUCGCUCAACAGAGGGGCUCCCAUGAAGGAUGGUGGCAGAUCUGCGGAUGCUGGUGGUUUCGUGGGCAUGUCCGCUCCACCGCCGCCGCCUUCAGCUGGUGGUGGUUUCGUGGGCAUGUCCGCUCCACCACCGCAGGCAGCUGCCAUGGACAAGCUCUUUGAACCGGCUUCUUCAGGCAGAGCUCAGGAUCCUCUGGAUGAUCUCUGGCGCAAGAUACCACCACCGCAACCACAGGCUCCUCCACAGGCACAAGCUAGCGUGAGCAAGUCCAACGGGAUUCAUGGCCUCAACGAAGACGACUGGGACACGGGGUUUCAAGCCGCCGAUGCUGCUCACCCGGCGCCGGCCACCACCGAGCUCGACGGACUACCACCUCCACCGGCUGGCGUUACGGGCAGCUUGGCCAAAGACAAAGGCGACGAGUUUCAAAAGCAAGGCCAGUUUGCCGAUGCGAUCAAGUGGCUGACUUGGGCCGUGGUGCUGCUGGACAAGUCCCCAGACAAGCUGACUGGAGUUCUUGCCACUCGAGCGGCGUGUUACAAAGAAGUCGGCGAGUACAAGAAAGCUGUUGGCGACUGUUCCAAGGUGUUGGAGAUGGCCGGGCCGACUGCUGAGGUGCUCUUGCAACGGGCUUUCCUGUACGAGAGCAUGGAGAAAUACAAGCUGUGCGUGCAAGAUCUGCGAGAGGCUUUGCAGAGAGACCCCUCCAACAGGAUGGCCAGGAACACGCUGGCGAGGCUGGCUAGGAUGGCUGACGAGUGACAAAUUGUAUUCUUGGGUAUUGUUUCUUUCCCAUUUUUCCAUCCCAAUCACUUCUUGUGCCGACUGCGAGGGUACAGGAGCUGGUGUAGCAAGAGCUGUGCAGUGUCGAUGCAUCUGGCCUGCAAGGCAGCACUUAAAUAAUCAUCGGAAUGGUAUUCGUGUUUGCUCA